AUGGUGGCCGACAUCUUCACCAAGGCUCUCGGCCCAAAGGUCUUCUCAACGCACUGCUACGCCCUCGGCCUUCGCACUCGACACCCGCGGCUUGGGUCUGCCUCGCAUUCGCGUGGGGGGGGGUGUGAAGAGUCCACUCUCAGCUCAACAGGGGCGCCUCGGUCGUUGCGCGCACUUGCUAGCCCGCCCCCGGCGGUGGGGACUUAGACGCGCGCGACUGCCUCAGCGCGCCAGCGCCGGCGGAUUCAUGCGCGCGCCCGCUAGCCCGCCCCCUUGCGGUGGGGACUUAGGCGCGCCGGCGAUUUCACCCGCGGCUGACUUAGGGAUGUACAUUGUCACGCGCCUGGGCCUAUCCCAGCGUGCCCCCCCCCCCCCCCCCCCCCCCUUUCUGUUUCUUAGCUUCCUUCUCAUCACUUCUGUUUGACUCUCAACCUCUCCUGACAGUAGUGGUGAACGUCUCAUAGGUACGCUGAAAUAG